AUGAAUGGCGUCUGGAAGAACAUCGCGCUUUUGCGUUAUUGCACAACGUUCAUGACGCUAACAUUGUGCGAUAGGCAGGAAAAAUCGCCAAAAACUCACGAUUUUGUAAUGCACUACAAAGGAAAAGUCCCAUCUUGGAUUGGCUUCAAGAAAGACCCAGAUCAACUCUGGCAAUGGAUAAAUGGAGAAAACACAAUCAACCUGAAGGUGAUUGGAAAAGGAGGAAACUGUGCUUAUUUAAACAGUGAAGGCACUGCCACUGCUUCGAGGUGUAGCACAGAACUACUUUGGAUUUGCAAUAAGCCUGAUGUAUGUAAUAGAUCAAAUGGAGUAUGACACACAUCCUUUCCUGCAAGCAACACCAGGCAGCCAACCUGCUCUGACAGGACCUGCAGCCAAACUGAGCCAUUUGAAAUUCUCUAGCCUGGCUUGCUGACCAGACUCCUCUAGUCUCCUCUUGCCUCGGAGGUCUUGCACACCAGAAUUGAUCAGCUCCAUUUAGUUGUAGGGUCCCGUUGUUUUCACCAAAUAGAAAGAGAAAUUGGGAUAUCCUUCAGGGUGAGGUUUGUUUUUCCUUGAAAUGGGUAUGUGUUCUAAACUUAAUAUUCUAAAUAUUCUUAAUAAGUUUAGAACACAACAUAGACUCAUAGAAUCAUAGAAUUGUAGAGUUGGAAGAGACCCCAAGGGCCAUCCAGUCCAAACCCCCUGCCAUUGUAGGAAAUCCAAAUCAAAGCAUCCCCGACAGA